AUGGUGCACGGGCAGUUGGUGUGCUUGCCCUCUGUCAUUACAAGCAAGGUGGGACUGCCUUGGUCUGAGGGCCCACUGGAUUACCAGGGCAAAGGUGUACCAGCAUGGAGAAGCCACAUCACUGCGGGCGAAAUCGACGCCUACAACGGGCACCUGAUCAUCACUACUGCCAGGAGAGCCGAGGAGCUGUCGGCCCUAGGGGACGCCCAUGCUAGGGCAGGCCCCCCAGUAAUCAAGACUGAACCUGUGGAGCAUGCAAUCGAACUGAGGAGAGCCAGGCCUGUCGAUCGAGCCACAGACCCGAGAAGAGCCGCUCGUAAAUGGGAGGCAACUCUCAAGAAGAAUAGGGGCUCCCCUCACACUGUCCCUGCUGGGAGGUCAGGAGACUUCCACGGGAUCAUCCCUACUAAAGAGCCAAGGGGAUCCCACCAUCCGAUUAGCGAUGUUAAGCCAAGACUUCAACGAAAGUCCCCAGUUAAGAAGCCGAGGGACUGUGACGGUAUCCAUGGUAACUUGAGUAAAGAACUUCUCCGGAUGCUUGCUGCUGAGGGACGGCAUGGACCAGGGCGCGUCUACCCCGAGAGGAGCCCAAGGGAUUCUUCUUAUCCCUUUGCUGAUAAAAAGGCCAGGGGCUCUCCAUACCCCGCCCCUGCUAAGAGGGCCCGGUUCCAUCGCCAACACCUCCGAUCCCUGAGCCUCUGGUGUGCUCCAAUAGAAGAUGAGGUGUCCCCUGAUGUGGUUAUGGCAUUGCCUGAACCUGAGGCUAUGAACGUUACGGUGCUUGAGUCUGAGGUCCCAAUGGUAGCCGAUGCUAUGGCCCCCCCUGAAUCCGGGGAACCAAUACCUGUGCAGUUCACUGACCUCAUACCCUCCUAUGGCUAUGAGGACUUCAUGAGGGAGUUUAACCGGCUGCUGGAGGAAGAGUGCCCGGAGUUAACUCUGCCGGAGCCUGUAGCUUACGGAUCGAAGCGGCUCCCUGAGGACUCUGAAUAG